AUGAGCGCCGCCGCGGACACGCGGAUGCCUGGAGGCGGUCUCGGGCGAGGUCCUGGACAAGGUCCUGGACAAGGUCCUGGACAAGGUCCUGGACAAGGUCCUGGACAAGGCCCUGGACGAGGUCCUGGACGUGGUCCUGGACGAAGGUCCUGGACGAGAUCCAGGACGAAGGUCCUGGACAAGGUCCUCGUCGAGGUCCUGGACGAGGUCCUGGAUGAAGUCCUCGACGAGGUCCUGGAUGAAGUCCUCGACGAGAUCCUGGACGAAGUCCUGAGCGAGGGAGUGCAGGACCUCUGGGACAUAAUUAAGCCUGUACGUUCUUGGCCGGCCGCACAUUGGAUACGCGACAGAGUCACUUCAUGCCCUAAAAUACGGCUAGAUUUACAAGCCGGUCCUCCGAGCAAGCUUGCCUGUCCCCGAGGCCUGUCCCUGACGCCGACCCUCGUGUCGCAGGAGCUGCUGUACCCGGGCUCGGGCGAAGGCCACAACUGGCGCAGCAUCAUCUUCUCGCUGCUGGUCAUCGGCCUGGUCAUCUCGGGCAUCGUCACCGCCAUCUACCUGCUGGGCUACGUGGACGAGCUGCUGUACUGGUCCGGGCGGCGCAUGCGCCUGGAGGAGCUGCUCGCCGGGGACCUGUCCAGCCAGAGGCUGCCGCCCGCCUGGGUGGACAGCACGCACCUCGUCUACCAGGCGGACGACGGCGCGCUGUCCGUGCUCGACACCCACACCAACAACGCCACCCUGCUCGUCAGCAACCACACCCUGAGACAACUCAACGUGAAGAGCUUCAAAUGUUCGCAGGACCUGCGCUACGUCCUCCUUCAGCACACGGUGGAGCAGAUCUUUCGGCAGUCCUACACGGCGCAGUACACCGUCUACGACGUGACCAACGACCACCAGAUCCCGCUGCGGCUCUCGCACGCCCCCAAGGUGGUGUCCACGACGCUGCAGUACGCGUCGUGGCUGGGCAACACCACGGGGCUCCUCAUGAUCAGCGAGAACGACAUCUACGUGCGCGGCUCGCCACAGGGCGAGGAAGACGCGCGCCUCACGGACACGGGGGAGGCCGGCGUCUUCUACAACGGCGUGGCGGACUGGCUGUACCAGGAGGAGAUCCUGUCCUCGCCCGAGGCGGUGUGGCCCUCGCCGGACGGCAGCAUGCUGCUGUACGCCUCCUUCAACGACAGCCUGGUCCGCACCAUGAACUACCCCUGGUUCGACUUCAAGGCCAAGGACUCCAGGGCGUCGUCGUCGUCCUUCUUCCCCAAGUCCAGGACCGUCCGGUACCCCACGCCGGGCACGGCCAACCCUGAGGUGAAGCUCUGGGUCGUUGACACUCGCAACUCGACAGACCGCGUGGCGACCGAGCUCAGGCCACCCGCCGUCCUCCAAGACCAGGAGUACUACCUGACCUCGGCGGACUGGAUCGGCGGCAACAACGACAUGGUGGGGGCCGUGUGGAUGCGGCGCGCGCAGAACCUCAGCAUCGUGAGCGUGUGCAGCCCGCCCAACUGGACCUGCAUGGAGGCCCACGCCGAGAGGGCGCCCGAGGACUCCUGGCUGGACCUGCAGGCGCAGCCGCUGUUCGGCCCCGGCGCCGACUCGUUCCUGCUGCUGGCGUCCGUGGCCGAGGACAACGACCGCUACACGCACGUCAAGCACGUGACCAGGACGCAGACGCGCACCGCCGUGCUGAGCCACGGCCGCUACGAGGUCACCGCCAUCCUGGCCUGGGACACGGUCAACCACAUCGUGUACUACUUGGGCACGCACGAGGCGGUGCCCGGGCAGCAGCACCUGUACAUCGUGCGGGACCCCUCCACGGACGACCCGCGCCGCCUGGAGCCGCAGUGCAUCACCUGCGGGCUGGCCGGCCUCACCGGCGCCGACCGGGACCACUACGUCAACUGCACGCACUUCUCCGCCAUCACCUCGCCCCCGCACCCGGAGCAGGGCGUGCUGCACUACGUGCUGGAGUGCGAGGGCCCGGGGCUGCCGCUGGGCGGCGUGCACGUGGCCUCCACGCACCGCGUGCUGCGCAUGCUGUACACCACGACGCCGGCCCGGGCGGGCCGCCUCUCGCAGCUCGCGCUGCCCACCAUGAGGUCCUUCGAGGUGCCGCUGGCGCAGGGGCUGCGCGCACAGGUGCAGCUGCUGCUGCCGCCGUCCUGGAGGGAGGAGCUGCGCGAUGCCGCCUUCCCCGUGCUCGUCGAAGUGAACGGCCGGCCCGGGGCGAGGACGGUGACGGACCGCUUCUCCGUGCACUGGGGCACCUACAUGUCGUCGCGCUUCGACGUCAUCUACGUGCGCCUGGACGCGCGCGGGGCGCGGGGCCAGAGCAAGCGGGGCCUGCACCGCAAGCUGGGCGGCCCGGAAGUGCAGGACCAGAUCAGCGUGGUCAGGCACUUGCUGGAGUCGCAGACCUUCAUGGACCGGACGCGCGUCGGCCUGUGGGGGUGGGGGUACGGCGGCUACGUGACCGCCAUGGUGCUGGGCUCGCAGCAGAGCGUCUUCAAGUGCGGCAUCGGCGUGUCGCCCAUCUCCGACUGGCUUUACUACAACUCGGCGUUCACGGAGCGCAUCAUGGGGCUGCCGUCGGACAACUUCAAGGGGUACGUGGAGGCGGACGCGACGCGGCGCGCCCGCUACAUCCCCAGCCACUCGCUCUACCUGCUGCACGGGCUGGCCGACGUGUCCGCGCCCUUCCUGCACGGCGCCGCGCUCGCCCGCGCGCUCUCCGAGGAGAGCGUCGUCUUCCGCUACCAGAGCUACCCCGACGAGGGCCACCAGCUGGACGGGGUGCUGGAGCACAUGUACAAGUCCAUGGAAGGCUACUUCCUCAAGUGCCUCAGCCUGGACGAGGACCCUGACCGGCCCUUCCAGGCGGCAUAGUGACCCCGUGGGUCCGUGCGGAUCUUCAGAAACAGCGUCCCUUCUUAUAUUCCAUACUUUUUGUUUCGUUUCGUUCUUAGAGAGAAGUGAUUCAGUAUCGGAACAGCGAACGUAAAUGUUAAAUAGUGUGUGACUUUUUUGUUUGUUUGUGCUCGUUUCAGAGGUGUUCUAAAGAUGUUUAAAAUUUGGUAGUGUUGUUCAAGAUAGAUGGAUUUGCAGUGCAGGUCACCAGCAUGUGCUGAAAAUACUAAUUACAUGGACUCUAUGUUAAGUUCCUACGCAGUAGUUUAUCCUCCCUAAGGCCCGGUUGGACGCCCAUUAGUUGCCUGGUUCAAGCCUAGAUGGUAUGCCUAACUUUCCCCUUACUCGAGUGUCAUUGUUUUUUUACUAGUUAACUUUACGCGCCGAAGAUACUGGUGUAGAAUUUUGCGGUGCAAUAAUUUCCGCGCCCUUCUCAGACGUCAGCGACAAUCAUCGCAAAACUUUAAACGGAAAAUUUACUGAGUUUGGGACACAUUUGUUUCCCAAUCUUACAUUUCUGAGGGGUGAAGUUUAAAUUUGAGUUCCAAAUCGUUCAACACCAGGACCUGCAGUGUAGGCAAGGUCAUCCUAACUCUUACCUUACGACAUACGUGUUGUCCAAACAGUGUAGAUAAAAUAAUAUACCACUAAAUUACAUCUUAUCUCAGACAGAGAUUAAACCAAAAGGACUUAUAUCGAAAUCCUAAGGCAUUUUUCCAAGACUGAAAAUAAAAUCAGCGAAAUCUUACUGAGGUUCCAUAGCUUUCUGAAAACCACUGAGGUCCUCCUGCGUGCGGCAGCAUCCCGUCGCCCUUCUGAUGUUCCUUUGGCUCCUUGCAUAUUUACUUUCAUUGCAUUCGGCUUUUGUACUCAAUCUGGGCUCUAGUGUGAUCGCAGGCCGCGUGGCGGGCUGCCUACCUUAAGCGGCCCCUUGUUUACACUCCCUCCCCCGUUUAUUUUGUUGUAUGGCCCCUGUCGCUUUUGUCGCCCACUGCAUGUUCGUUCGUUCAAUGUUCAUAGCACUAAUAGGUCAAUUAUAGCAUUAAGGGGUGUUGGUCUGUAGUGUCGGUUCGAGAAGGUGCUUCAAGAGAGAGACAUGUGAAUGAAUAUAAUAAUGCGCGUGUGUGAGUGUGUGUGAGUGUGAAUUCGGAAGUAGGUGAGAGUUCAAGUGCCUUGUGAGUCCACCGCGCCUGUGUGGUGUGAGAAGACUCUGAAACUGGGCUCAGGGAAGACAUAGUGUUCCAUUACGGUAUGGACGACGGUCUCGUUUCCUACGAACAAAACAUGGCGAAAACGGCUCUUUUGUCGGUUUUGACCGUCGAAUUUUCUCACUGUGGCCCGUUUGCGAAUUGCCACCCCUUGGUGAAUGGAAUGGCUCGGGCAGCAUGUGUGAUGUAGAGCUCAAGAUAGUGAAAAAUAUGAGAAGUGUAAUGCAUUCAUUCAGGGUACUGCUUUAAAUGGUAAUAUUUAUAUUAUGUUAAGAACCUCAAUGUAUGUUGUCAUUUGUUGUCCUAAUGUAAGAGAAGUCCUGGGCCUCAAAAUAGUGGCUUAGUGGCUCGUUAAAUGUUUCCAGUCUCAAACUUGUGAUCUAGACAUAUUAGCCAGAAUUUGUUGAAAUUAUGCGAGUGGUUUAUUAUUGUACGUUUCAUGUAUAAAGAAGAAAUUUUUGGACUUUCGUGUUAAUAUUUGAGAAUCAAAAAGCAAUAAGCUAAAAUCCCCUCGAUACGUUCGUGAGUUAUUGAUUGUAAAAUUCGUGAUGAAAAUGUCGAUAAAAGUCAUUGUGUUUUUUGUUGUUGUUUUUGUUUUUCGUUACACUCUGCCAAUGGUGUUUGUUUUGAACGUACCUUUAUGCGUAUCGAAUGCUCCUUGGCUCUACCACUACUUGUUCCAGUAGGUCCCUUCUUAAGACGAUUUUGCUGUGUUCGUAUUAUAAGUGUUUAUGUAAUAAUCUCUCCCCCUGUUGUUGGUUCUGCGAAAAGUUUUCAACAAGCAGUACGAAAUUAUUGUUUUCAGAAGAAAUGUUGUCACUUCCGUUAACGCAUAACUGUUUUCCUAUUACAUACGUGUUGUUGAAUGUGGAUUUUCUUCUGCGGCCAUUCGGACCGGAGUUGGCCGAGUUCACCCUUCGGUUCGUUUGGCUUGGUUCUGAGGCGCCGAUAAAAUUGUGGGGACUGAAAUUUGUGCGAAUACGGCCCACACGAAAAAUAGGCGUGUUCAUGUCGGGAAGAUGGACCUGUUCGCAUAUUGGGGUUGAGUCCAUUUUCGUCUGUUUUUCGUGCGGUAACGUUGGUACGAAGGAGGCAGAUGACUGCUGAUCUGACUCAACUUCUUUUAUACAUAAAGAUAUUUUGUAGAACCUGUUAACUGUUACGCAGUUGUCUCAUUUUGCGCUGAGACAAUCACUAUUACAGUACUCUUCUCAUUCUUAUCCAAAACUAUUUCUAUUAGACUUUUUCUAACAAAGUGACGAAGUUACUGUUUCCUGAACUAAUAUGGUUGUUCUUGUUAUACAUGAUGUUUUGUUUCAUUUUUUAUGAAGACAAUUAAAUGGAGGAAAGAAAUUUCAA